AUGAAUGCACAACCAGGUGGAUUAUUCGGUCAUCAGCAUGAACCCGAACGUCUUGCGGGUGCCAUUUCUCACAUCGAAAAUAAAGCGCUCGAUGUAAAAACGAAUAUUGAGCAGCUCUUAUUUAUGCUUGAUCUGCAGGAAGAAGUGGAAUGGCCUGAUAUGUUGGACAAAUUUUCAUCACUUGCCAGUGCAAUGACUCAGUUACAAUUUAUAUUAAAGAAGUCAGCACUGCCAUCAGGAUUCGAAGAUUUUGGGUUUUUUUUGAGAACUCAUGUGCUGGUACCUCAUUGCCUUUCAAAUGAUAUAGAUCCUAAUCUUCAGCAAGCCACUUCAAAUCGUAUUCACUGCUGGAAUCAUGAUGCUGCUCCAGAUUAUUUGCGCACAAAAUUAACUCCUGAAGUGGAAGCCGACGAAUCACAUAUUGAUAAUGAGAAGAAUACGCGAACUUUUGAUCAGGUAAAUAAGCAAAUAUUGGCAAUGAACAAGCAUAUUGAGACGUUGUUGACAUCUAUGGCUGAGAAUGCCCGUAGUCAGGCAGAAAUACAGCAAGACAUACCGACUUAUAACAGUCAGGAUACUCAGAAGUUGGUGAGAGCUAUUGUGAAUGGUGAAGGACUACGUCCAUCAAAAACUCUUGUCUCAGCAGAAGGUAGCCUUACAGGAGGCUCUGUCAGUGGAUCACAUGGAGCUGUCCGACCACCAGGAUGUAUAGCGUCUCCACAAAGACGAUAA